AUGUUAUUUGACGUUUUCUUCAUUUUUAUUUUUUUGUUUUCACAUGAAAACGUCAGGAAUUUCACAAUUGUGUAUUUUCGUCGCAGUAUUUAUACGCGUGUAAUCAAAAUAAUUAUUUAUAUUUUAAUCCAUAUUCAUACGGUCUCCAUUCGAUUUCAAAUUGAAAAUAGUAUAACCAAAGAUAAAAUGCCAGCAAGAAAGAAGACUAGUGGUGGUGGUGGAAACACAUCAGACGCGUCCAAGUAUGGUGAUGAUGCAUACCGAGAAAAGAGACAAAGAAACAAUGAUGCAGUGAAGAAAACGCGCCAAAAGUCUAAAGAGACUGCAACAGAACGUAAGCGCAAUGUAGAACGACUCAAAAACGAUAAUAUCAAAUUGGAAGCUUCUAUUAAACAAGUAAAGGAAAAUGUAGAAACACUUAAAAGUUUAUUAUUGGGCAAUGUAAAGAAAGAGGAACAUGAAGCAUUUCUACAAAAAAUACUUGCUGAACCUACAGACGACGAGGAUGACAGUAAGGAUGGCACAUGAAAUCAAAAUUAUCAUAAAACAACAAGGCUUGAUUAAUAAUUUUUAAAAGUAUGUUAAUAAGAAUAUAUUAGAGUGCUAAUUAAAGCCGCUUUGGGUAUGUUAACAAUUGGUUAUAAAUUUGCCUAACACUUUCCUUGGUAUAUACAAAAUAUGUAAAAUGUUCGUGUACCACUAUUGUACACCAUAAGGUAUUUGUUAAUAAAAAUAAUAGUAUUAAGCACCAUAUGUAAACAAUGUAUGUAUUAAAUAUAUAAAACUUACCAUCAAAAAUGUCGAGUUUUCCUAAAUGUAAUGAAAAUACUUCGUCCAUCUUAUUUCAUAUGUUGAUAUUUGAUCAGUGAGACAGCGUAGUAUAAUCUCCAGCAGUUUAUAGCGCCAAGUGUUAUCGGUUCGAGCUGACUAUUAUAGAUAUCGCACUGAUAACGAACGAAUAACUAAGACACACAUGU